AUGCGCUUGGAAUUGAGGGUGUUAGAAGUGGAUCAUGCCUUUUCUGAGAAGCAUAACAUUGAGUAUGCUCUGUGGCAAUUGCACUAUAAGAGGAUUGAGGAAUUGAGGACAUACUUUAAUGCUGCCCAUACUUCCGUAAGCUCAAAAUCAUCUCUGGGAGGGAAAGGUUCUGUUCGACCUGACCGGAUAACUAAAAUAAGGCUGCAAUUUAAGACUUUUCUUUCAGAAGCAACUGGAUUUUACCAUGAUCUUAUUAUGAAUAUUAGAGCUAAGUAUGGACUUCCACUUGGUUACUUUGAGGACUCUGAAAAUAAAAUUGUAAUGGGGAAGGAUGAAAAGAAAUCUUCUGAUAUGAAGAAAGGUUUAAUAUCCUGUCACCGUUGUUUGAUAUACUUGGGUGAUCUCGCUCGCUACAAAGGCUUAUAUGGUGGAGGCGACUCAAAAAAGCAUGAAUAUGCAGCAGCUUCUAGUUACUAUCUACAAGCUGCAACUAUUUGGCCUUCAAGUGGAAACCCCUAUCAUCAGCUUGCCUUGUUGGCUUCAUAUAAUGAGGAUGAGCUGACUACUGUUUAUUGUUAUUUUCGGAGUCUGGCUGUGGAUAGUCCAUUUUCAACUACCAGGGAUAAUUUGAUACUUGCAUUUGAGAAGAAUCGCCAAAGUUACUCUAAGCUCUCUGGUGAUGUUAAAGAGCAUGCAGUCAAUGGAAUGGGAAAAGGGGAAGCAAAACUUGUGGCCCGGGAUACUGGUUUGAAAAGAUCUCCUAUCAGUCGACCUUCUAGGCACCUUGGACCUCCUCCUGGAUUCAGUCAUGUUUCUCUUAAACAAGAUAUUGAACCCUCAAGUCCACUUCUAACAGAGGGAAAGAAUGGGAACAUGUGUUCCUAUUAUUUGUUGAGCUGGGACCGAAUAUUGGAUAUUCAUCAGGUUCCAUGA